AUGACUAUUCAAUACCACGACUAUUCAAUACCACGACUAUUCAAUACCACGACUAUUCAAUACCACGACUAUUCAAUACCACGACUAUUCAAUACCACGACUAUUCAAUACCACGACUAUUCAAUACCACGACUAUUCAAUACCACGACUAUUCAAUACCACGACUAUUCAAUACCACGACUAUUCAAUACCACGACUAUUCAAUACCACGACUAUUCAAUACCACGACUAUUCAAUACCACGAUUUGGCGCAGAAGCUGCGUAAGCACAGCGCGCGGAAAACAUGGCAUAUCCAUUCUGUCCCUCGACCCCAGCGCCAGAAGUACCCACGCUCUCUGUUCCGACUUCUCCUUCGACGCCUGGACUCGAUACUUCCACACUUACACCCGUAAAUCCUCCCACUUCAAUCCUGCACAUCCCAUCUCAGCCGCUGCAUACACCGCCUCAGGCGGUCGACUCGUCUUCUCGCUAGCGCGAUGCGUAGCCUGUGCUGUAGCAUGGCGGGAGGAGGAUGUUCGUGCUGGGCUGGGGGGCAAGGCGAGAGCGCUGAAUGUGUAUCGGGGAUGUGAGAUGGAGGUGGAUCUGUUUCCAGAAAGUGAUACUGACGGUAGUGAGAACGUGAAGCGGACUCAGAGUUUGGAAGAACAGGAACAGAAGCUGUGGAGGGCGGAUAGAGGAGUCAGGGUGGGUCCUUUUGGGGACGGUGGAGGAGAGGACGCGAUAUUGGCCCGGAGGGAUAGCGAGGAGUGGCAAAGUGUAUGGCUGGAUGAAUUGGAGAAACGAGAUUCGGUCAUCGCGGAGAUGAGCAUCGGGGAUGAUGGUCCUGCAGAUGCAAAUCCAAAUGAGCCGGAUGAGCAGCAGCAGCAGCAGCAGGUGAAUCCCAGUCCCCCAGCCUCUCCCAGUCGGCCACAACAUCGAGCAUCCAUCCACCUCUCUGUUCCAGUCCUCUACACCGACCAGGAAAAGAACACGCCGGAUUCCAAAUUCUCCUCCGACUCCUCCGGGACCUCUACAACGUCACGUCGCCGAAAGGGCAUGCUACGGAAAAUGAGAUCUUGGCUCAAGACAAAGCGGACGCAGGAUGAAUCUUCGGCUCCCACGUCACUGCAAAACAAGAUGCCCAAGGAUGUGUGGAGACGGCGAAGUGAAGGUCUGCCUCACGGAAAUACGGAGAGCGCGACGGAGCGGGCGAGGACUUUUCCUGGAUUUCCAUGA